CCGGCCUUGGUCCGAUUUCCCUAAUACGGCGUCGUUUUACUGUGCGACUCUUGUCUCGUCCCUUCUCUCGUCGGUUACUAAAAACACAAAUUAUCUCACUUUCUUCUUCGUGUUCUUCACACUGAGUUGACUGAGUCUGCAUAACUCGCUCUCAGCUACUGAUCACAUUCUCUGCAUUUCUCCUUCGAUCACUCUCUCUCUUCAUCUGACUAAAGCUGACAGGGAUGUCAGAAAAUGCUCUUAGGGAUCUCAAUACAAUUGGAACUGAAAGGAAGAGUGAGGGCUCCAGUAAGGCAUGUUUAACCAAGCCUUCUGUUGAUAAUGCUGCUGAAAAUAUUGAAGAACGGCAAAAGAAAAAGAAUUGUUCCCCCUUGGUUUGUCCAGCUAUUAAUGGAAAUCAGACUGUGACUGCUACUUCUGGUGUAGAGAUUGGAAAUGCAGAAGUAGAAUACAUUGAAUCUGAGAACUUGAAUGAUCUAGAAGAUAUUGAUGCUUGUCUCAAGACCCUCUUAGCUGGACUUGACUCAAAGGACUGGAUCCUGGUUUGUGAUGCACUAAAUAAUGUACGCCGGAUAUCUAUAUUUCAUAAGGAAGCAAUGCUCGAUAUGCUGGGGGAUGUCAUUACUUUUAUUGCAAAGUCCCUGAAAAGUCCUAGAAGUGCUGUUUGCAAAACUGCCAUUAUGACAUCUGCUGACAUUUUCAGCGCAUAUAAUGACCUCAUAGUAGAUUCACUGGACCCUCUGCUAGUACAGCUUCUCCUCAAGUCUUCACAGGACAAACGCUUUGUAUGUGAGGCAGCUGAAAGAGCCUUGAUAUCAAUGACUACUUGGAUUUCCCCUAUUUCUUUAUUGCCAAAAUUGCAACCAUACCUUAAGAACAAGAAUCCUCGCAUCCGGGCAAAGGCAUCAAUGUGCUUUUCUCGAAGUGUUCCACAACUGGGCGUAGAAGGAAUAAAGACAUAUGGAAUUGACAAAUUAAUCCAAGUGGCUGCAUCACAGUUGAGUGACCAACUCCCUGAGUCCAGGGAAGCAGCCCGAGCUCUACUUCUUGAGCUUCAAAAUGUGUAUGAGAAAUUUCACGAUCCCAUGCCAGCUACUGUCACGGAGCAUCCUGAGAUGGGAUCUUGGGAAAGCUUCUGUCAGUCAAAACUUUCUCCUUUAAGUGCUCAAGCUGUACUUCGUGUGACCAAUAUCGCUCGAGAGGGUCUUGUUUCAUGACACACGCAUGAACGUCAGUUAGCGAACUCCAUGAUUUCCUGGUUUGCUUGUCAUUUUAUUGUGUAAAUAUAAUGCUUCAAUUGAGAUGAUUUGUUGUCGAAGCGCGUAUUGAGCCGAAGAUUUAUCAUGUAUUUUUUUCCCUAGCUGGUGGUUACUUGCUACCUUUGAUUAAUAUUUGAUAGAUAUAUAAAUUACGUUAAUUUCAUUG